GGGAGAGAGAGAGAAAGAGACAGAGCGAGUGAGUGCAAGAGAAAAGUUAGCCGAGCUCAGAGCUCCGACAAAUCACUUUGUCACCAGCAAGCUCUGACAAGCACCGGGAGGGAGAGCGCACAGGGUGAAAGGGAGAGAGGCAGGGUGUUAAAUAGAGGUGCGAAUAGGGAGUUGUGUCAGAGGAGGCUCAAGAGGGAAGGUGUGAUACCGAUGGAUGGAUAGAGGGAAGACAGGACAGAGAAGAGACUGCAAUUCCCAAAACAGCGUGAGCUAAGAGGGACUGUUACUCCUGCUACUGCUGUCGUUACUGCUGCUGUGUCUGGAUGGACACUCACUUAAAGAGGUGUGUCAAACUUACAUUUUGUUAGAGGAGGACAGUGCUUGAUUGACAGAAGGAAGUUUUGCUGUGUUCUAAUAUUCUGAUAGCAUCAAUACUGGAGCUGUUUUCAUCUCAGGAUCGAUACACAGAGAGCAUUUAACUGUUGUGUUGUUGUGUUUGAGAAUGAAGACACGGUUACCGAGACAGCUGCUGUGUGUGUGAAGUAGGCAUGAGUCUGAGGUGUUGAUAGCAAUCUCGGGUGCAUUGCAGCUGUACACAGAUCACAUGCUGUCAUUGCUAAAAAGAGGUAGUCAGAGCAGAGAGCGAUACAAGUUUAUCAGAUGUUUCUCUGUAGGGGCAUUUCUUAAUGGAGUAGAAUAAGUCAGUGAAAGUGAGAUUUUCAGAUACCACAGUAUUCUUUCUUUCCCUACACCGUGGAUAUUUGAUUCGCUCUGGGUUUACUCAAAGCCCCAGAGAUUUUUAUCUGGGCUGUAAAGGAAGCAGGAGGUCAUCUGAUCAAACUUCAAAAACAGAGAAAUAGGAGGGCCAUUUUUCCACUUUAAGCACAGGACAUUUCAUUGCUACUUUCUCUUUCCUACAGACAUUUAGAGAGGGUCUAUUUGUCAUAAAAUACAUGUACAAUAGUCCUGAAUGAUCUGUGAAGAGGACUUGUGGAACAAAGAGGACAGGAAGCAGUGUCAGCUGAAAAGCCUUAGACUCAGUAAAUAAGUCGGGCUCUGCUAACACCACUCUUCAUUUUGUUGAGUGUUAUACCUCCCUUCACAUUUACUCAGCUGGUCUCUGGGGACAUGUAACAAGAGACUGCCUGGUGAGCAAGGCAGCACUGAGCUGACACGUGGAGGUGUAUACAGUAAACUUGCUUUGAGCAAGACAAGAUUCAGUUUUAUAUUGCAGUUGGAGGCUUAAGAUCACAUCAAUAACAAGUUGAUCUGUGAGUACAGAACCAUCUCUGAUGAGUAUUUGAGUUUUGGUAGAUUAUUUUGGCCUGAUGGGUGUUGUAGAGGUCUUCUGAUCCUUGGGGGCGCUGUCUGUGUGCAUGUUUGGCUGGUCUCUGUUAGCAUUUGACAGCUUCACUCUGGACUCACUUCAGCGUCUGAGACGUCAUUGUGUUACCUGUGUGGCUGAGUCAGAGGCUGGCUCAUCACUUGAUGUCUGUCUGCCUACUUGGAUUCUCUCCACCUGCUUCUAUGCAAAGAGGACACAAGUGUUAGGUGGUUUUCGCAGCAGCAACAGCGGUGGCACCAGUAGCGCUGAACUUUCAGGACUCUCCACACUGCUUAAAUUGUUCUGCCGUGUGUAAACACCUUACGUCACUCACACCUCUCCACGGAGUGAUUCACUGUUCCCUAAGCAUCCCCGGUCAGAGGCAGGCAGUGAAAGAAAAGGUGAGCGAGGAUUUACUAAGAACCGAAGAGCAUAAGUGGUCGCAAACAGUCAGGUUGGCACCAUGAAGCUGGCAUUCCUGAUGUUCAUGGUCGUGUGCACGGUGGGAAAAGUAAGUGGUAUGUCUACAUGUAAGACGCUGGACCUGGAGAUGGUGAAGAAAAAGCGCAUUGAAGCCAUUCGGAGCCAGAUCCUUAGUAAACUGCGUUUGCCAAAAGAGCCUGAACCAGAUCAGGCUGGAGACGAGGAGGAGAUCCCUACCACCCUGUUGUCCCUCUACAACAGCACCAAGGAGAUGCUGAAGGAGCAGCAGGCUGACGUCCAGACGGACAUCUCCACAGAACAGGAGGAGGAGGAGUACUUCGCUAAGGUGCUUCACAAGUUCAACAUGACCAGGAAAAAUAACACAGAUGACACCAAAAGCAUCUCGAUGUUCUUCAACAUCUCUGAGAUACGGGAAAGCGUGGGGGAUUACCGCCUGCUAACCAGUGCAGAGCUACGGAUGCUCAUCAAGCAAACCGCGAUACUCUCUGAGCAGCGGGUGGAGCUGUACCAGAUUCUCGGGACCUCGGCCCGCUACCUUGCUUCUCGCUUCAUCACUAACCACUGGAAAGACAAAUGGCUGUCCUUCGAUGUCACUGAGACUCUUCAGAACUGGCUCAAAGGGACCGAUGAUGAGCAGAGUUUCCAACUUCGGCUGUUCUGUGAAUGCAGCAAGACUAACAGCGAUACUGGCUUCACCUUUUCCAUCUCUGGCAUUGCGAGUGGUCGGGGAGACACGGGAAUGUUACAACUGAUGACGCAGCAACCACCGUACAUCCUGACCAUGUCCAUCCCUCAAAACAUCAGCAGCCACCUCACCUCACGCAAAAAACGCUCCACGGAUACAAAGGACACCUGUACAGCCCAGACAGAGACCUGCUGUGUGAGGAGCUUGUACAUCGAUUUCAGGAAAGAUCUGGGAUGGAAGUGGAUACAUAAGCCGACUGGCUAUCAUGCAAACUACUGCAUGGGGUCCUGCACCUACAUCUGGAACGCUGAAAACAAAUAUUCUCAGAUUUUGGCCUUGUAUAAGCAUCACAACCCAGGAGCCUCUGCUCAGCCCUGCUGUGUUCCCCAGGCACUGGAGCCACUGCCAAUCCUCUACUACGUGGGCAGGCAACACAAGGUGGAGCAGCUCUCCAAUAUGAUCGUGAAGUCCUGCAAGUGUAGCUAAAAAUACAACAUGGCAUACUGCUCUGCCUCCCCUCAGACAUAUACAGAGAUGGAAGAAGCCAUGUUUGAGACCACAGAAAGGAGCAUGUGACAGAGAUAAAGAGGACAAGAACAAUGUGGACAAAAUAUUUAAAGUCAUCCUUUUGCAGUCUAACUUUCCUCCUGCGAGGUCUGUCAUUAUCAUGUUGAAUGCACAUCAAACCAUGGACUUCUUCAUAUCGAUAUUACGGAUCAUAUUUUCUAUGUGUAUAUACUUUUUCCUUGCAGUAGUAAAAACAUCUGUCUUGAAAUGAAUUAAUUUAUUUGUUGGAGGGACAGAUCUGUAAAGAAGUGAUAUACAUGUAUAAAAGUGUGUCAGUUUGACAUGGAAAAUGAUUAAAUUGAUUUAUGAGAAUCAAAAAAGGCGGAUAAAGGAAGCCAAAGGACAUUAUGACCAAAAUGACUUCAAUGGAAGAAGACUUGUUUUCACAGGUGAUUGUCUUGGGCAUUUCUCUUCCUAAAGAAGUCAUAGUUAAAGGUGCUAAAUCCCAGGUAUGAAAAACAGUGGUUGUUGGGGUUUUCCUGGAAGAUAAUGCCACAGGUGUUUCUGGAGAGAGUCGCACCGUAAAGGACAGCAGACAACCACAGGGACAGUCCGACCUGGGGAAACUCCCUCUGACUGAGAGACUUGUCAGCCAACUGAGCAACGUUUCACAGGAACCGUCCAUCAGUUUUACUUGCUUUGUUUGUUUUUCAACCCACGUGAAUUAUACAAUGCUUUUCUUGUCACUAUGUUUGUGUUCAUAAUUGAAUGUCAGCUUGUCCUCAUGAAGCCCGCCAUGCUGUCAAAGCCAUGAGUAAUAUCAGUGGUUGUGAUGAGAGUGAUGACACCAUGUUUUUCUCCCUCUCAGGAUUUACAGCCAGUUUGCUGUCUUUAGAUGGUGAGGGUCAGGGGAUGUGGUUGUGGUGUUGGUUUUAGGGAAGCCAUUCAGACUCAAUACACACAUUUGCUGUUUUGUUUUUUUUAACCACCAUAGUAAAUUAGGGGCAAUUUGUUGCCUUUUAUUUCAGGGCAGGUUUUUACUUUCAUCUGAAGUGUGAUGCUUUUUGCACAACUCAAGAAUUAGUUCAGCUUCUAGAUUUGUUUUAGGAAUAAAACCAACAUUUUUUUGUUUACCAUAUUUUUAAAGUGCACUUAUAAUUCGAAAUUUGCAUUUGUAAAUAUAAAAAAAAUGAAAUAAACAAUUAUGUUAAAUUAUCACAUCAGAGUGGAAUAUUUUUGCGAGCAAAUAAAACCACAUG